AUGACUGAUAUCGCGACUGCCGAGUUUCUUAACGAAUUAAGGUCCUUGUAUCCUGCACAAGCCAAAUAUGUCGACAGUGGCUGGUACCUAGCCGCCGCAGUAGCAUUCAGCUCGAGUAACCGCCCUGAAGCCGUCUCAUGUGUCUUCCGCCAUGCUCUCGAGGAUCUUGAAAAACUCCCUGACACCUCAGAUGAAGAUCGCAGGUUGCUCGUGCGGAAGAUGAGGGAGGGUAUCUUCAAAUCUGCCUUGCUCUCAGGUUUCGCCAAAGUUAUCUACGCUCUCAUUUCGUUGUAUGAAGCCACCCCCGAAGAGUUUCGAGAUACCGAGCCUAUGCGCGACUUCACUCGAUCGAAAGAGGAAGUUGCUGCUUCUGGUCAGGGAUACUUUGAUUUACAAUAUGGUGAUACCGCAGCGGAAAUUCAGCUCUUGCUUCGGUCCAUAUAUCCAGACCUCGAACAUGUCAUAAUGACACUCGGGUACGGGUAUGUGUACUCCUUCUUGGAAGUGAUCUCAUCCAAGGAGACGUCAUUCGCCAUCAUUUCUGCAUUGAUUGCAACCGACAUGCUCAGUCCGGUUGAACGGCAGCUCACUUGCGCUGUUCGCAAUGGUGCAACAGUUGAGGAGGUCAGAGGUGUACGGGAAAUUGCACUGAGAAUUGCGAUGGCGGCGGGCGUCUUGAAACAUGAAGUUCCUAAUAUUUGAUACGGAUCGAGUGAAUAGACGUGUAUAUAGAUCACACGCGCUGGUUAGACAUGGGCAGUUCUCACCGAUGGUGCUACAGCUCGAUUCACCAUUUGAUACACGUAAUUGUAGUUGCUCAGAAUUUAUAAGACAGACCAUAAUCGCUGGCACCUAUUCCUCAUUCUUGUAGUUCGACGUAAUUUU